UCUCUCUCUUCUCACGCAUUUCCUCCUCCACAUCCUCCUCCUCCUCCUCCUCUGAACACAAAGCCGCACAGACACAGAAGAGACGACGCUCCAUCACUUCACCUCCACGCUAGCCCCCGCCCCUCUCGCCGUUCGGUUUUCCGGCGAGCAUCUGGGUAAUUGGGUUCUUGGUGGCCGGCGGCGGCGGCGGCGACGGCGAUGGCGGCGCAGGACGGGUGGGUGAGGACGGCGAUGGCGGAGGACGGGAUGGUCGCGGAGCUCCUGAUGCGCCUCAGGCAGGAGCAGCCCCGCCGCCACGCCGCAUGCGCUUCCCCCUCCUCCUCGGCGGCGGCGGCGGCGGCGGCGGCCCUCCUCCUGCCGCCGCCGGGGUGGGGGAUCCGGCAGCCGCGGUCGAGGAUUGCGUUCCGGUGCGACGCCUCGUCGCCGGGGAAGAGGUGCGGCGACUCGGCGAGGAACAGCCCCACGACCCCGCUCUCGUGGAGCGCCGGGACCGCCUCCUCCUCCGGCACCGCCGACGGGUUGGACGACUCCAGCUUGCUGGUCUGCGGCUCCUCCGCCUCCACAUCUAAGGGCAUUGCUUCGAAUGAUUCUAGGACGCCCGAUAUUAAGAAGUCAAGGAAAAGGAAGACUUUUGCUGAACUUAAAGAGGAGGAGGACCUGCUUUUGAAGGAGAGGGUACACUUAAAGAAGGAGAUAGCAACCUUGAGUGCAACUUUCAAAGAGCAGAGAACAAGAAACGAGAGCUUGAAGACAACGAAGCUUGAUGCGGAUAUGAACUCAACAAAGAUCACCAUCAGUGCCACCCACGAACCGGAAAAAGCGAAUUCUAACGCGCAUGGCCGUGAAGCUCCCUCCACUGUAGAUCAUGCUGCUUCGACAUUGCCAUGCCCUGGUCAAUCCUCAGAUUCACAUCAAAGAUGCGGGUCUCCCGAGAAGCAAAGUACUUCUUUCCUACUGCCGGAUCUCAACAUGAUGCCAUCUGAAGAGGAUCCUCUCCCUGAGGCGUUAAACGGGGUGAGCAGCGGAGAAACACUCCAGGCAUCUGUCAACUGAAGCAAGCAGUCACAAUCACACUCGCUUAUUUUCGCUGUCCGAUUCGUAUUUGCCGUUUGAUGAUGCAUUCCAGUAAAGAGGAUCUAUAAUCCAAACAGCCUUCCCUGGAUGAUCUUGGCAAGAAAAGCAGGGGGAUCAUAAGUCAACAUCGGCACGUAAGGAGAUUCCUUGCAGUUGGUGACAGCAGUUGACAAGCAGUGGAGAAGGUUUUUGAGGGUAGUGUUAGCGAUUGUAGGCCAUCCAAUAUGCAAUGUAGCAGCAGGUAGGCGAAGAAGCUCAUUUGGAAUUCUUUUCUGGUAAUUCCUCGUUACUUCUUUUAUUUCUUUUUAACAUGUAGGGGUCAUUGACUCCAUUCUUUCCUCUAUGUAAAGAGCCCAUGGAUUCUGAGAAUUACUUAAAUAUUUUUUCUCUCUUUAUUAAUUCAAAUCUCGUCUUCCCCGUUA